GCUAUGGCGUACCAGGAAGGGGAGUCGCUUGAAUCCUGGCUCAAUAAAGCCACCCAUCCGACAAACAGACAGGAGGACUGGGAGUACAUCAUAGGCUUCUGUGAUCAGAUCAAUAAGGAGCUGGAAGGUCCUCAGAUAGCUGUGACUCUGCUCGUCCACAAAAUACACUCACCACAGGAAUGGGAAGCUCUUCAGGCUCUGACAGUGUUGCAGGCAUGUAUGAAGAACUGCGGGAGGAGGUUCCACAAUGAAGUCGGAAAAUACCGAUUUUUGAAUGAGCUGAUUAAAGUUGUAUCUCCGAAGUACAUGGGGGAGAGUGCACCUGAGAAGGUGAAGAUGAAGAUUGUCGAGAUGCUGUACAGCUGGACGGUGGCUUUUCCAAAUGAAACCAAGAUCGGCGAAGCCUACCAGACGCUGAGAAGACAGGGCCUCGUGACGCAAGACCCCGAGCUACCGCUGGACAGGACUCUGAUCCCGUCUCCUCCGUCUCGACCGAAACACCCGGUGUUUGACAACGAGGACAUGGGCAAGCUGCUCGCUGAGCUUCUCCGCAGCAAAAAUCCAGAGGACCUCCUGGAAGCCAACCGAUUGAUCAAAAACAUGGUGAAAGAGGAUGAGGUUCGAGUGCAGAAGGUAACGAAGCGCAUCCACACGCUGGACGAGGUGACCAUCAACGUCAAGCUGCUGACGGAGAUGCUGUCCCACUACAAUAAGGACCGCUCCUCCAACUCGGACAAGGAUAUCAUCAAGGAACUCUACGAGCGAUGUGACAAGCUGAGGCGUGCGGCUUUCAAAAUGGCCACUGAGACGGAGGACAAUGACACCAAUUUAGGUGACAUCUUGCAGGCCAGCGAUGACCUCUCCAGGGUCAUCAACGCCUAUAAGAGGAUUGUCGAGGGGCAGCCCAUCAACGGCGACAGCGAGGGGCCUCGAUCCACAGCUGGUCACAGCGAGAGCGAGACCACAGACACGCUGAUCGAUCUCGCCGGCCUCGACACUCCGAGUCCCCCUCAGCCCGCCGCCCCUCCCUUCCGGUCCUCGAGUCUCGUCUCCACCGAUCCCGCGGCUUCUCCCAUCCCUGUCCUGCCUCCUCCUCCCAAACGCCCAGCCGGCUCCCACGGCAGUCAGAGCGGCAGCCCGAGUCACCCCCCACUCGACAAGGCCUCCGCGGCCCUCUCGCUCCUCGAUGACGAGCUGCUGUCUCUAGGACUGAACGACCCCCCUACCUCUCUGAGCAGCCAAUCAAAACCCAAGUUGAAUGAGAUGUCCAAUCAGUGGACGUCCCUCCAGGCUCCGGCUGCAGGUGUGGAUCUGUUUGGCAGUGCUGCUCGUUCAGGUCCAGCUGUGCCUCCGGCGGAACCAGCUGCUGCCACGCACAGCCUCCAGGACCUGCAAGACCUGGCCAUGAUGGGCUUUUCCGAUCACAAGAGCAUGUCAAGGUCUCACAGCGAUCUGUCAAAUGCGAUUUUCAGUUUGUCCGUCCAGAUGACGGCCAGAGGAAGCAGCUUUGGGCUUCCUGCUGCAGCACCUCCCCUCGUGCCUGGGCACGGCUCUCCCUCCUCCCCGUCUUUCCUCCAGGGAACGUUCCCCGGCUCUCCGGUCCUGUCCCACACCAAGGCCCAGAGCCUGGGCUCCGCCCCGGGCAGCCCGUUGUUCCGCUCCCUGUCCCCCUGCCACCUCCCCCUCCAGGGCAGCCCGGCCAGAGCCAUGGACUCGCUGAGCAACGUGCACGUCCCUCUGGAGGCCAUCCGACCGAGUAAAGUGCUGCCUGUGACGGCCUACGAUAAGGACGGCGUUCGCUUGCUGCUCAACUUUGCGUCCGACUGCCCCCCCGGCCGGCCCGACGUGCUGGUAAUGGUGGUGUCCAUGCUCAACACGGCACCGCUGCUGGUUCACAACGUGGUGCUGCAGGCCGCUGUGCCCAAGUCAAUGAAGGUGAAGCUGCUGCCUCCAUCAGGAAUAGAACUGGCACCGUUUAACCCCAUCCUGCCUCCAGCCUCCAUCACCCAGAUCAUGUUGCUGGCCAACCCAACAAGGGAGAAGGUGCGUCUGCGUUACAAGCUGGCUUUCACACUCGGCGACCGUCUGUGCAACGAGGUUGGAGAGGUGGACCAGUUCCCCCCACCAGAGACAUGGGGUCAGCUAUAGAGGGACAGACCGGUUCAUGCUCCAUAAAGUUGUGUGUGUGUGUGUGUGUGUGUGUGGGCACAGCAUCCAUCCCAGAGAGAAAGGAGGGCAAGGUGGGGAAAUUCAGCUGCACUCCACCGUACAGUUUUACAUUCCUUAUAGUUAAUUUUUCUUUUUGGCCAUUGUUAUUACUGUCAGUGAGAAGCUAACAGCAGAUGAUGGUAUAAUGAUGGUAUUAUACGGUCUUUGUAGACUUUUCUGCAGCUAGCAAACUAAAGAUAUACUCUGGCAAGCGAGACAGCUGUGGUGUUUACAGGUCGAUGGUAUUAAGAUCAAUAUUAAAAGGGAUUUUCCCCGAGAUGAAUAGAACAGAUUUUAAUGUACUAUAAUCAAUGCAUUAGAGCUCAGCUCCUGAUGGACGUGAUAGAUUGCAGUAUAAAACAAAUAGCUGACCUCUAAGUUAGCAGAGCCUAAAAUACAACAGCUGUGCUUGUAUUAUUGUAUUCCUCUGGCUGAGCACUUUUAACCCACAGAAAAUAUACUUGAAUAUAUCCCGACAUUUGAAAACAGGAUCCAGGAGAUGUCUUAAGAUGGGAAGCUAAACUGGAAUGUGUAUCCAUUUAGUAAAAAGUACUGAUGACUAACUUUUAUUUUUCAUAAUUACCUGUUUAUCAAUGUUACUAGUCUAAUAAUAUUUGUGGACUAACAAUGUUUUUUUCAGGGAAAGGAAACCAACUGGACUACGGUGGUUCUUUUUUAAUCAUAAAUAUGUCGUCAUGAGUCCAACUCUGAUUUUAUUUUACGUGGUUAUGUUUUAAAUUGUAUUUAUUUUAAUAGAUCAUUUGUCAUGAUUUUAGCAGUGGGUUAUUAUAUUUUUGUUCUAUAUUUCAUUCUCUAUCAAUGCCAGUAUUGGGAUUAUUGUCUUAUUUAUUGUUUUACCUUAUAGUAUUUCAGUGCAUCACUGAACCUAGAAAGUGUGAACUGUAAAAAAAUAAAUCACUCUAAAGGAAAAUGUGUCACCAGGCGGAUCACAUGAGUUCAGCUGCGAGUCGAGACUCAUGAAUCAGUCCAGCCGAUCCUCCCUUCGGUCCUUUCUCUGGUAGUCCUCAGAUCGUCAUAUGGAUGCACAGGAGGCGUGUUUACUGUACAUAGUGUGUAAUGUACCUAUUGUUGUAUGUGAACAUGUGACGUGCAGAGUUAUGUCUGUACAUACUGUAAGAUGUGCCAACAGUUCGCUACAUGAACAAAUAAAUACUUUCAAUGGA